AUGGGCAACAGCCGGCACGGUCGAGCGCUGAGACCGAGAGACGGAGGCGGCACUGGCACGCCUGCUUCCGGAGGUCCCGCGGUCCUGGCGCUGGAGGCCAGCAGCGGCACAAGCAAGACUGCAAUGGAUGCUCCGCUCCUGCCCAGGAGGUCAGGUCGGAUUGCGCCCGCUCCUAGCCAGGAGAGGGCUUCCGCCGGGCUAGGGAAUGUGACGAGGCCGCGUUCUAAAAGGCACAAGAAUGGAGCGGCGGCGGAGGGAGCACGGCUCGGAGUGUCAACCAUGACAAAGAACAGGGCUUUGGGUUCCUUGUUGACAGAUGCUGGCUCUAUGAAGGGUGCAGAAGAGCAAGUGUGUGCAAAUGCCAGGAAUGCGAAUGCUAGCAGUUCGUUGAAGAAGCGGAAAGUAACGAAUUCCAGAAGCUACAUAAAGAGGUUCAAGGCGGUCCAAGGGGCGAAUGCCGCAGGUGCAGUUGUUGCUUCUCCUGACAGAGUGGGCAAGGAAAACACUGCAGGAGGGCAUGUGGCAGACAGCAACAUCUCUAAGCUCUGUGAAGGUAGCAGGUUAAUUGGAAAAAACAAGAGGCAUUCAAGCGAUGCUGUAUCUAAAGUUUCCAGAAGUCUUGUUUCUGGUUUACAUGAAACUUCAGAUACAAGAGUCAACCAAUCUUCUGCACCAUUUUCAGAGGAACCCUCAACCAGUGAGUCUAGAAAUACUGAACAUAUUGAGAUAGACAAUAUUGCUAAGCCAAGUAUGUUGCUGGGAGGCACAACUUCUCUUGUUAGGGGAGUUAAUGCAAACUAUGAUGACACUCUUGACACAGAUGGAGUCCACUUGGAGUCACCAGAUUUGGCUUCCUCACAAAGCCUCGUAGCCUUGGUUGGAAUUCAAGCUGUUCUAUCAUGCAUGUCUUCCCAACAAGGUACAGAUCUGUCUGCUCAACAAAAUGUAGCACCUUCACGGUAUCCACCUGCCGAAGCAGGACAGAUAGGGUUGUCAGGCACACAGGUGGUUCAGGUUUUGCAGCCUGAAAUGCAACCAUCAAUCUUAUUUUUGGAUGCUCCACCUCAAAACACGCACCCUGAUGUCGGGAGCGAAACAGUUUGUGAACCAGAUGGAGCAACUGGACUGUCAGAGGGAGGCACAGCAACUUCUCACCAUUUUGGUGAUGUCAGAGUGCAAUUCCAGGGAAAAUAUGAUGGCAAUGUAGAUGCGGAACCAGUGCUUCAAGAAUCUCCAACUUACCAUGCAGAUAGCCCAGUUACCCUACACGUGUCUACGAAAGUUGAAGCCCAUAUUUGUGAACCAAGUAUGGCUGCAAAACAAAGUACAAAUCCACCUGCACAACAAACUUCCACAAUUUCGCGGAAUCCACCAGCUGAAGUGCAACCAUUUAUCUCAUUGCCUGAUCAACCUACAGGGGCGGAGCAGGCAGGUACGUUGGGCUCGAUUGCAGCGCAGGAUUUGCAGCCUGAAAUGCAGCCAUCAACCUUAACGCAGGAUGUUCCAUUUGAAAGAACGUAUCUGUCUGUCAUGCCUGUGAUACAAAGUCCAGUUGUCCUUCAAUAUGUAGGGCCUUCGCUGGAUCCACAUGCAGGAGUAGAAUCAGCAGGCCUAGUGAUAGCUCAUGAUCUGCAGUCCAAAGUACAACCAUCAGCCUCAGUACCUUCUGAACAAAGUACAUGUCUACCGGGCGAGCAAAGAUUAGCAACCUCACAACAUCGACCAGCAGAUGCAGAACCAGUAGGCAUUCUAGGCACAGAGGCAUCCUGUAAUUUGCAGCCUGAAGUGCAACCAUCAACCUCGAUGCUGAAUAAACCUGAAGAGAUAGAGGAUGAACAUGAGGCAGAGGAUGAACCUGCAGAGACAGAGCAAGCAGGUACCCUGGGUGCCUUAGCAUCUCAGGAUUUGCAGUCUGAAAAACAAUUAUUAACCUCAACGCAGGAUGUUCCAUUUGAACAAACUUAUCUGUCUGGUAUGUCUGUGCUACAAAGUCCUACUGUCCAUCAAAUUGUAGAACCCUCACUGGAUCCACAUGCAGGAGUAGAACCAGUGGGCAUGGUGACAGCACAUGAUCUCCAGCCCAAAAUACAACCAUCAGACGCUGCCAAAAUACAACUAUCAGUCUCAGUGUCUGCUGAACAAAGUACAAGUAUACCUGCCCAACAAAGUUUAACAACUUCACAACAACCACCAGCAGAAGCAAAACCGGCAGGUAUUCCAGGCACAGGGCCAGCCUGUGAUUUGCAGCCCGCAGUGCAACCAUCAACCUCAGUGCAGGAUGAACUUGCAGAGGCAGAGGAUGAACCUGAGGUACCUGAGUAUGAACCUGAGGUACCUGAGUAUGAACCUGAGAUAGAGGAUGAACCUGCAGAGUCGGAGCGAGCACGCAUCUUGGGUGCCAUGCCUGCUCAGGAUUUGCAACCUGAAAUGCAAUCAUCAACAUCAACGCAGGUGGUUCCAUUUGAACAAACUUAUCUCCCUGGCAUGCCUGUGGUACAAGAUCUGGCUAUCCAUCGAAGUGUAGAACCUUCACUGGAUCCACAUGCAGGAGUAGAAUCAAUGGGUAUGGUGACAAUUCAGGAUCUCCAGUCUGAAAUACUACCAUCAGCCACAGUGCAUGCUGAACAAAGUACAAGCCUGCCUGCCCAACAAAGUUUAGCAACUUCACAACAUCCACCAGCAGAAACAAAACCAGUACGUAUUCUAGGCCUAGAGCUAGCCUGCGAUUUGCAGCCCGAAGUGCAACCAUCAACCUCAUUGCAUGAUGAACCUGCAGAGCCACAAGAUGAAUCAGAGGCAGAGGAUGAACCUGAGGUUCCUGAGAUAGAAGAUGAACCCAAGGCAGAGGGUGAACCUGAGAUAGAGGAUGGAGCUGCAGAGGCAGAGGGAGCAGGUACCUUGGGUGCCAUAGUCACUCAGGAUUUGCAACUUGAAAUGCAAUCAUCAACCUCAAAGCAGGUUGUUCCAUUUGAACGAACUUAUCUGUCUGGCAUGCCUUCACCGGAUCCACAGGCAGGAGUAGAAUCAGCGGGCAUGGUGACAGUUCAUGAUCUCCAGUCUGAAAUACUAGCAUCAUCCUUAGUUCCUAUGGAACAAAGUACAACUCUUCCUGCCCAACAAAGCUUAGUAACUUCACGACAUUUACCUGCAAAUAUUCUGGUCACAGAGGCCGCUUGCGGUUUGCAGCCUUUGCAAGGUGAAGUGCAACAGUCAACCAGAAUGCAUGAUCAACCUGCAGAAGAACCAGCAUGCAUCAUGGGCGACGUAGCUGCUCAGAGUUUGCACCCUGAAACGCAACCAUCAACUUCAAUGCAGAGUGCUCCUUUUGAAAGAACCUGUCUGGUUGGCAUGCCUGUGGUACAAAGUCCUACUCUCCAUCAUAGUUUAGAAGCUUCACUGGAUCCACAUGUCAGAGCAGAAUCAACGCAUACGUUGGGCACGGUGACAGAUCAUGAUCUGCAAUCUGAAGUACAGCAAUCGGCCUCAAUGCAGGAUCGACCUGCAGAAGCAGAGGUGACAGUUAUGUUAGGCUCCACGGCAGCCCAGGAUUUGCAGCCUGAACUGCAAUCACUAAACACAGUUCAGGAUGUUCCAGUUGAAAGAAUAAACUCCGAAGAAAGGAGACAAGUUGGUUUUCAGCCAAAUAUUGUACCUGGUCCUGAGCAGCCUAUCCAAAUACCUCCAGUCACAACGUUAGUGUUCAAUAACCCAAUACUUAGUGACGAACCGCUGACAAAUGAGCUGGACAGGUUAAUGCAUUGCAACAAUGUGCUUAGCAAAGACCAUGAACAUAAGAAAACACUACUUCUAAUAGAGUACAACCAAGAAAUAGAGAAGAUAAAAAAGAAUUACGACUCAUUGCUUCAAAACGAAGAUUCCACUUAUCUUCAGACCGAGCGGGAGCUUACUGAUCUCCACAGGAAAGUACUUCUAAACAAAUCGCUAGCUGAGAAUUUUCGAGGAUUGUUCCCACCAUCGCCUGCAGCUCAAGGGAGAUCGACGAGCCCUGUAAUGGAGCAGCCAUUUGAGUCUUCUUCAGUGGCUCAAACUGCAGCAUCACCAGUUAUCUUGUCAUCAGCCAUCAGACCACCCAUGCAUAAUUCACCAGGAUCCUAUGUCCGGCCUUCAUUUGUGGCUCAACCAUCAUCAUCAUCAUCAUCAUCAUCAUGGAAUGCCCAACCAGAUUCAACCCUACCUGGCAAUCUCUAUGGAACGUCAUCAUCACUUUUUGUGCCAGCGCCUGUGCAAUAUGGCAGCUAUGGAUCUGCUGGAUCACAAUCGCGUGCUCUCCAACCACAAUCAGCCUUACCCGGCAAUCUCUACAUGGCAAUGUCACAUGUUCCUCCGCCGCGUCUGCCACGGGGCAACUACAGGUCUGCUGGAGCACGACUGUGUUCGUUCCCUCCUCAUCUGCGGCAGCUCAGGAUGCCAUCUCCAUAUGCCUUUCACGCAGGCCAGCAGCAGCUCCCUGCUUCUAAUGCAGGGAAUACAUCGUUGGGACAGUAUGUCCCUGUUAUGAUAGGGAGCUUUGCAUCGACAAUUCCACAGAGAGGUGCGCUACUGAACUCCAUGGAUUCAAGUUCAGUUCACCAGACAAUGUUACCAUCAGCAUCGAGCUCACUUCCACCUCACCUAGCGUACUCACUGACAUCUGGUCGAUAUCCACAGUCAAUGGUGAACUUCUUGCAGUCAUCUAGCUCAAAUCCCGCCUUCUUUCCAGCCCAGCAAUCAUCAUAUCAAAACAUAGCCUUGGGCAGCACCUCAGGUCUGCCGAAUGCAGUGCCAGGAAGCCAGCACCCUGGUGCUCAAAUAGCCGGCGCCUAUCAGUCUGGCACUGAAUCGGCAUCGCUAAAUGCGCAUCUCCCAGCUAGGUUUGGCCUGGGUAGCAGUAGCAGCCCCGUAAGUGCAGGGACCAGCGCAGUUGUUGUGUGCUUGUCUGACGAUGAAUAGUAGCGAUGCAGGCUCAAGUAGAUCUGCUGGCUGUUACUGCUGUGAUGGUUAGAUGUCUUGACUUAGAAGCCGCUGAUCUAACGACUCUAGCAUCAUCCUUGUAGCGAAGAGAUGGACAAUUGCAAAUCGGGAAAAAAUUGCACCUGUAGAGAAAAGUAGAAGCUGAUAUAGUACUGGUAUUUUACCAAAUUUUGUAUACUGCCGGUUAAUGUAGCAAAUGGAAGUUAAUGUAGUGCUAGACUGCUAGUCAAUUGGCUGACUCUUUGUUAGCUU